UGCUAUGUCAGCGCCAGCCAAGCAAUCGCUAAUGAUAUUGUGUUUUCUUCCAGUAUAAAUAUCUUGAAAUACCAACUAUAGCACAACUUUAACCUUUUACACACGAAACUAGAACGGCAUUGCCAGCGUCCAGGACAAUACUUCAACAAAACCAUGUUUCUCUGGGAUUGGAUGCAGUCAGUUCUGCAAUUUUUCGGCUUCAAUAGAACCGCUAAGAUCAUGAUUGUUGGACUGGACAACGCGGGCAAGUCCACCCUACUGACCAUGCUGAAGACAGGACGUGCUGUGCAGUUCCCGCCGACAGGCCAGGCACGAUGUGAAGAGAUGACUAUUGGUGGACUUACCAUACAGGCAUACGAUCUCGGCGGACAUAUGACAAUGCGGAGAGUUUGGCUGGAUUACUUCCCCGCUGUAGAUGGGAUUGUUUACAUCAUCGACUCGGCAGACAGAGAGAGACUCCAGGAGAGCAAAAACGAACUUUCG